GCAAGCAAGUAGUCGUGAACGGCCCGGAUUGUGGUAAGAAUGGAAGCAGCCUUGAAAUCGGUUUUAACCGUUUCGCGCCAAUCAAGAACCGAACGCAGCCGAACACAUUUUCCUUUUCAGCUUUUGUUCACAGGACUGUCCAAGUUGUGUGGAGUGCACUCCAUGAAUGCUGUUGGAGGUAUUCCAUGCUUUGCUAGAUUGCUGCAGCGGAGUCCUGCAAAUAAUUUUGCCUUGAGUCUACGACGUACGAAAAUUGUGAUCAAUGAAAAGGCCCUGACCAAGCGAGUUUCCAGGUCUUCAGGGCCCGGAGGUCAAAGCGUCAACAUGAGCGACACUCGAGUUCAAAUGAGCUUCAAGUUGGACAAAGUGGAUUGGAUCCCAGAGAAGGUUCGGCUAAAAAUGCGAGAGAUACACAAGAAUCGGAUUAGCAAAGCUGGAGAAUUUUCUGUAGCUUGCCAGCAGACCUCGUCUCAGCUUGACAAUACGAAGAUCGCUAUCAAGAAGAUCGGCGAACUUAUAGCUGAGGCAGAGAAAGCGGUGAGAGACGAUGAGUGGGAGAGUGGAAAGCUGGACUUCAAAGAGCACAUUGUUGAGAGGUUCAAGCGGGAAGGACGAGAAAAAGACCUGGAAAAGCGAGAGCAGGCGAUCAAAGAAACUAAGCGUCGCAUGCGUGAGAAGACGAAGAACAAGAAGAUUUCAAUGUAUUGAAAUGAUUCUCAAUUGAUUUAGUUUUGGCAGCAGGGCUCACUUUAGCCACUGCCAGCAUUGUUCAAUGAGACAAGUUGCAUUUUUGACCUUUCACAACUGAUUUUUCCGCUCUUUGGGAAGCGCAUGGUGAAAA